GGUUAUGUAGGAGUGUCUCACGACUGGUCUUGCAUGGACGCUGCCUCGAAACAGUAUCGCCACAAGAUGCGAGGUUGCUAUGGCAAGCAGUCUCGUCGCAUGGAGAAGCGGCAGCCCGUGAAGCGAACCGAGCUUUGCGCUUUCUUCGCCGCGGGGAUGUGUACCCGUGGGAGCCGCUGCACCUUUGCUCACGGCGCUGCGCAGCUACGCCCACGCCCUGACCUCUACAAGACAAG